AUGAAAAACCAUCCUGCUGACCACCCCAGGCUCACCACCUCCCAUGUGACAGGGUGGCAGCAACAUGCCCAACACUGGGAGAAAUCUGGCCAUCCUACUUCAUCCAACAGGGCCUCAUUUGCUUCUUUAUCUUCCUUCCCAGCAGAUGACACGGAUGCCACAAGCAUACCCAGCCUCACUGAAUCUGCUCCUCCAGAUGAAAAAACAACUGAUACGAUCAGCUCAAUGACCUCUACUUCUUCAGCUGCCGCAAUCACAGGCACAACUACACCCAGUCCCAUUCUCAGCGUUCCUCCAGAUGCCACCAUCAGCCUGGUGAACGGCAGCAACCGCUGCGAGGGUCGCGUGGAGAUUUCCCACUCUGGGGGCCGCGGCACCGUCUGUGACGACGGCUGGGGCCUGAGCGAUGCCCAGGUGCUGUGCAGGCAGCUGGGAUGUGGCUCCGCUGUUGCUGCAACAUCAAGCGCCUCCUUUGGACAAGGCAGUGGCAGCAUCUACCUGGACGAUGUCAGCUGUGCAGGCUGGGAGUCGUCCCUCUUCCAGUGCGGCCACAAUGGCUGGGGUGUCCAUACCUGUGGCCGCGGUGAAGAUGUUGGUGUUAUGUGCUUAGGUACUAAUGCCACCAUCAGCCUGGUGAACGGCAGCAACCGCUGCGAGGGUCGCGUGGAGAUUUCCCACUCUGGGGGCCGCGGCACCGUCUGUGACGACGGCUGGGACCUGAGCGAUGCCCAGGUGCUGUGCAGGCAGCUGGGAUGUGGCUCCGCUGUUGCUGCAACAUCAAGCGCCUCCUUUGGACAAGGCAGUGGCAGCAUCUACCUGGACGAUGUCAGCUGUGCAGGCUGGGAGUCGUCCCUCUUCCAGUGCGGCCACAAUGGCUGGGGCGUCCACAACUGCCGGCACAGUGAAGAUGCUGGUGUUGUGUGCUCAGGUACUAAUGCCACCAUCAGCCUGGUGAACGGCAGCAACCGCUGCGAGGGUCGCGUGGAGAUUUCCCACUCUGGGGGCCGCGGCACCGUCUGUGACGAUGGCUGGGACCUGAGCGAUGCCCAGGUGCUGUGCAGGCAGCUGGGAUGUGGCUCCGCUGUUGCUGCAACAUCAAGCGCCUCCUUUGGACAAGGCAGUGGCAGCAUCUACCUGGACGAUGUCAGCUGUGCAGGCUGGGAGUCGUCCCUCUUCCAGUGCGGCCACAAUGGCUGGGGCGUCCACAACUGCCGGCACAGUGAAGAUGCUGGUGUUGUGUGCUCAGAUGCCACCAUCAGCCUGGUGAACGGCAGCAACCGCUGCGAGGGUCGCGUGGAGAUUUCCUACUCUGGGGGCCGCGGCACCGUCUGUGACGACGGCUGGGACCUGAGCGAUGCCCAGGUGCUGUGCAGGCAGCUGGGAUGUGGCUCCGCUGUUGCUGCAACAUCAAGCGCCUCCUUUGGACAAGGCAGUGGCAGCAUCUACCUGGACGAUGUCAGCUGUGCAGGCUGGGAGUCGUCCCUCUUCCAGUGCGGCCACAAUGGCUGGGGCGUCCACAACUGCCGGCACAGUGAAGAUGCUGGUGUUGUGUGCUCAGAUGCCACCAUCAGCCUGGUGAACGGCAGCAACCGCUGCGAGGGUCGCGUGGAGAUUUCCCACUCUGGGGGCCGCGGCACCGUCUGUGACGACGGCUGGGACCUGAGCGAUGCCCAGGUGCUGUGCAGGCAGCUGGGAUGUGGCUCCGCUGUUGCUGCAACAUCAAGCGCCUCCUUUGGACAAGGCAGUGGCAGCAUCUACCUGGACGAUGUCAGCUGUGCAGGCUGGGAGUCGUCCCUCUUCCAGUGCGGCCACAAUGGCUGGGGCGUCCACAACUGCCGGCACAGUGAAGAUGCUGGUGUUGUGUGCUCAGGCACAACUACACCCAGUCCCAUUCGCCUGGUGAACGGCAGCAACCGCUGCGAGGGUCGCGUGGAGAUUUCCUACUCUGGGGGCCGCGGCACCGUCUGUGACGACGGCUGGGACCUGAGCGAUGCCCGGGUGCUGUGCAGGCAGCUGGGAUGUGGCUCCGCUGUUGCUGCAACAUCAAGCGCCUCCUUUGGACAAGGCAGUGGCAGCAUCUACCUGGACGAUGUCAGCUGUGCAGGCUGGGAGUCGUCCCUCUUCCAGUGCGGCCACAAUGGCUGGGGCGUCCACAACUGCCGGCACAGUGAAGAUGCUGGUGUUGUGUGCUCAGGCACAACUACACCCAGUCCCAUUCGCCUGGUGAACGGCAGCAACCGCUGCGAGGGUCGCGUGGAGAUUUCCCACUCUGGGGGCCGCGGCACCGUCUGUGACGACGGCUGGGACCUGAGCGAUGCCCAGGUGCUGUGCAGGCAGCUGGGAUGUGGCUCCGCUGUUGCUGCAACAUCAAGCGCCUCCUUUGGACAAGGCAGUGGCAGCAUCUACCUGGACGAUGUCAGCUGUGCAGGCUGGGAGUCGUCCCUCUUCCAGUGCGGCCACAAUGGCUGGGGCGUCCACAACUGCCGGCACAGUGAAGAUGCUGGUGUUGUGUGCUCAGGUACUACUCAUUUGACUGCCUCUAUCCUGGUGAACGGCAGCAACCGCUGCGAGGGUCGCGUGGAGAUUUCCCACUCUGGGGGCCGCGGCACCGUCUGUGACGACGGCUGGGACCUGAGCGAUGCCCAGGUGCUGUGCAGGCAGCUGGGAUGUGGCUCCGCUGUUGCUGCAACAUCAAGCGCCUCCUUUGGACAAGGCAGUGGCAGCAUCUACCUGGACGAUGUCAGCUGUGCAGGCUGGGAGUCGUCCCUCUUCCAGUGCGGCCACAAUGGCUGGGGCGUCCACAACUGCCGGCACAGUGAAGAUGCUGGUGUUGUGUGCUCAGGUACUACUCAUUUGACUGCCUCUAUGCUGGCACUCUUUCCCAAAGACCAUGGCUGGGAGUCCUAUGCCACCAUCAGCCUGGUGAACGGCAGCAACCGCUGCGAGGGUCGCGUGGAGAUUUCCCACUCUGGGGGCCGCGGCACCGUCUGUGACGACGGCUGGGACCUGAGCGAUGCCCAGGUGCUGUGCAGGCAGCUGGGAUGUGGCUCCGCUGUUGCUGCAACAUCAAGCGCCUCCUUUGGACAAGGCAGUGGCAGCAUCUACCUGGACGAUGUCAGCUGUGCAGGCUGGGAGUCGUCCCUCUUCCAGUGCGGCCACAAUGGCUGGGGCGUCCACAACUGCCGGCACAGUGAAGAUGCUGGUGUUGUGUGCUCAGAUGCCACCAUCAGCCUGGUGAACGGCAGCAACCGCUGCGAGGGUCGCGUGGAGAUUUCCCACUCUGGGGGCCGCGGCACCGUCUGUGACGACGGCUGGGACCUGAGCGAUGCCCAGGUGCUGUGCAGGCAGCUGGGAUGUGGCUCCGCUGUUGCUGCAACAUCAAGCGCCUCCUUUGGACAAGGCAGUGGCAGCAUCUACCUGGACGAUGUCAGCUGUGCAGGCUGGGAGUCGUCCCUCUUCCAGUGCGGCCACAAUGGCUGGGGCGUCCACAACUGCCGGCACAGUGAAGAUGCUGGUGUUGUGUGCUCAGAUGCCACCAUCAGCCUGGUGAACGGCAGCAACCGCUGCGAGGGUCGCGUGGAGAUUUCCCACUCUGGGGGCCGCGGCACCGUCUGUGACGACAGCUGGGACCUGAGCGAUGCCCAGGUGCUGUGCAGGCAGCUGGGAUGUGGCUCCGCUGUUGCUGCAACAUCAAGCGCCUCCUUUGGACAAGGCAGUGGCAGCAUCUACCUGGACGAUGUCAGUUGUGCAGGCUGGGAGUCGUCCCUCUUCCAGUGCGGCCACAAUGGCUGGGGCGUCCACAACUGCCGGCACAGUGAAGAUGCUGGUGUUGUGUGCUCAGGUACUACUCAUUUGACUGCCUCUAUGCUGGCACUCUUUCCCAAAGACAACCGCUGCGAGGGUCGCGUGGAGAUUUCCCACUCUGGGGGCCGCGGCACCGUCUGUGACGACGGCUGGGACCUGAGCGAUGCCCAGGUGCUGUGCAGGCAGCUGGGAUGUGGCUCCGCUGUUGCUGCAACAUCAAGCGCCUCCUUUGGACAAGGCAGUGGCAGCAUCUACCUGGACGAUGUCAGCUGUGCAGGCUGGGAGUCGUCCCUCUUCCAGUGCGGCCACAAUGGCUGGGGCGUCCACAACUGCCGGCACAGUGAAGAUGCUGGUGUUGUGUGCUCAGGUGGCAGCAACCGUCCCGGCACAGGCAGAAAGCCAGUCGCGGACCUUCGUCCAACAGGCCUCACCUGCCUCUUUCCUUUCCUCCCCUACAGCUGCCGCAAUCACAGGCACAACUACACCCAGUCCCAUUCUCAGCGUUCCUCCAGGUUGCAAGGUGGAUGCCAGAAUGAGUAUAUUGAGAUCUAUGAUGGGCCUCCCAAAUCUUCUCCUCUACUCAGAAGGAUUUGUUCUAGUUCUCCUCUCACCUACACUUCAUCUUCAAACUUCAUGUCUGUCAGGUUUUACAGUGACUCCAGAUACUCCAGUGGAAGCUUUCGGGCUCAGUAUCAGUCCUUUCCAGCAGACCAGAACACCACCCUUAUGUGCUUGCCAACCUACAUGCAUGCAGUGGUAGACAGACACUAUCUCCAGUCCCAGGGCUACACAGUGGGGAGCAUCAGCCUGGCAGACCCUAAAUGUAGACCAAAAAUUACAUCAACUGAGGUUAUAUUCAACAUUUCUUACAACGACUGUGGUACACGUAGACAGGGCAACAACGAAACGAUCACCUACUCCAACGUGAUAAAAGUGCCUGCUCCUGGUACAGUCAUCAAGAGGCAGAAGGACCUUCACUUGCACAUCAGCUGCAAAAUGCUGCAGAACACCUGGGUUCAAGUCAUGUACAUUGCUGAUGAUAUCAUCGAUGUCAACAAAACCCAGUAUGGCAGAUACGACGUGAGCCUGAUGUUCUACAACUCCUCAUCUUUCCAGUGGCCAGUGCAUGACUUCCCAUACUUUGUUGACAUGGAUCAGAAUUUGUUCCUCCAAGCUUCUCUUCUCAGCUCUGACCAAAAUCUGACGGUGUUUGUGGACACAUGUGUGGCAUCGCCUAAUUCUAGUGAUUUUAGAACACUGGUCUAUGAGCUGACCAAAAGUGGGUGUGCUAGUGAUUCCACCUAUGCUCUUUUCCCCUCGCCACGCAGCGAUGUGGCGCGGUUUGGGUUUAACGCUUUCUCCUUCGUGAACCGAUUCCCGUCAGUUUUCCUGCGGUGUGAGCUGGUGGUGUGCAGGUACCACGACUACUCCUCCCGCUGCUAUCAAGGCUGUGUCAGUAGGUUCAAGAGGAAUGUAGAUUCUUCCCAUGAACAAGUGAAUGUUGUUAUUGGACCCGUGCAGCUUCGGGAAGCUCGCACUGAGAACAGGAACACUGAGCUGGCCUCUGACAUCCAGGCAAAAGAGAAGACUCUGAACUCAGUGCCUGCUGCCAGCUCCCAUGUUCCUCUGGCUGUGACCAUCGUGGUGUUGUUAGCUGCUCUUGUCACAGUGGGAGGAUUUCUUUGGAAGCAGAAAUUGCAGAAGACCAUCCCAUACCAGAAACUCUGUGAAAGAGCUCCAUACAUCCAGCUGGUGAACGGAAGGCACCGAUGUGAAGGUCGUGUUGAGAUCUAUUACAGAGGGCGGUCGGGGACAGUUUGUGAUGACUUCUGGGACCUCGCAGAUGCCCAGGUUGUAUGCAGGCAGCUGGGAUGUGGCAAGGCCAUUGCAGCUCUGGGAAGUGCCUACUUUGGGCAAGGCUCAGGUGACAUUGUGCUGGACAACGUGGAGUGCAGAGGGAACGAGGUGUCCUUGUUGCGCUGCAAUCACGCCGGAUGGAGGAUCCACAACUGUGCCCACUAUGAAGAUGCUUCUGUUGUCUGUUCAGAAGAGCCUGACCCAAUACCAACAGAGCCAAUAUCAACAGAUACAACAGCACUGGAGACGACCUCCAUAGAACAGACAACACUCCCAGGAUCAACAAUGUCUCUAAGAGAGACAUCAAUGCCAGCAUCAACAGAUACAACAGCUUCAACAAUGGAGACGACCCCCAUAGAACAGACAACACUCCCAGAAUCCCAGACAUCAACGAUGUCUCUAAGAGAGACACCAACAGGCCUCACAGAGGAGACAACAUUCUCAUUGCAGACAGACACCAUGGUGCCAUCAUCCCCCACAACAGAGACAUCCUUCCUAGUGGAGAUGACCACCACAGUGCCAAUGACAACCCCAGACAGCACAUCACUAAUGACCUUCCCAGGAGACAUGUCCACUUCACCAGAGAUGGAAGUGUCAUCUGCUGCCCUACCACUGUUGUACGCUUUGUCUGAUACAAUCACCACAGAGAGACUGUCUGAUAUGAUCACCACAACAGAGGAGAUCAAAGCAGGUGUCUACCUCAGCAGAGAUGACCACCGCAGCACUAUCCAGUGCCACAACAGAGGUGUCCACCUCAGCAGAGAUGUCCACCUCAGCAGAGAUGACCACAUCCACAAAAAUGGUAACAUCACCAUUGCUGACCACCUCAAAGGAAACAGCUAUGAGAGCAGAGAGAAGCACACCAGUGGCCCACAUGGGCAGAGCAGAAUGCUGGGCUGGUGUGAGCUUGUGCCUUGUGCCUUGUGCCGUGUGCCAGGGGCCAGCGUGCGGCUGCGGGGCGGCAGGAACGACUGCGAGGGCCGCGUGGAGCUGUACGAUGGCAGCACGUGGGGGACGGUGUGUGACGACCAGUGGGACCUGCGGGAUGCCCAGGUGGUGUGCCAGCAGCUGGGCUGUGGCCAGCCUCUGGCUGCACUGGACACUUCCCACUUUGGCAUGGGCUCCGGCCGCAUCUUCCUGGACGACGUGCAGUGCCGCGGGGAUGAGCCCUCCCUGCAGAUGUGCCGGCACAAUGGCUGGGGCAUGCACAACUGUGGGCACGUGGAGGAUGCCAGUGUCAUCUGUGCAGCUGCCAAUCCAACUCCUGCUCAAUGGCCGUACACAACAGGGGCCAGCGUGCGGCUGCGGGGCGGCAGGAACGGCUGCGAGGGCCGCGUGGAGCUGUACGAUGGCAGCACGUGGGGGACGGUGUGUGACGACCAGUGGGACCUGCGGGAUGCCCAGGUGGUGUGCCAGCAGCUGGGCUGUGGCCAGCCCGUGGACGCCCCACAAAAUGCUCGCUUUGGCAUGGGCUCCGGCCGCAUCUUCCUGGACGACGUGCAGUGCCGUGGGGAUGAGCCCUCCCUGCAGAUGUGCCGGCACAAUGGCUGGGGCGUGCACAACUGUGGGCAUGUGGAGGAUGCCAGUGUCAUCUGUGCAGCCGCCCAUCCAACUACUCCUACUCAAUGGCCACGCACAACCGGGGCCAGCGUGCGGCUGCGGGGCAGCAGGAACGGCUGCGAGGGCCGCGUGGAGCUGUACGAUGGCAGCACGUGGGGGACGGUGUGUGACGACCAGUGGGACCUGCGGGAUGCCCAGGUGGUGUGCCAGCAGCUGGGCUGUGGCCAGCCCGUGGACGCCCCACAAAAUGCUCGCUUUGGCAUGGGCUCCGGCCGCAUCUUCCUGGACGACGUGCAGUGCCGUGGGGAUGAGCCCUCCCUGCAGAUGUGCCGGCACAAUGGCUGGGGCAUGCACAACUGUGGGCAUGUGGAGGAUGCCAGUGUCAUCUGUGCAGCUCUGGUUUUCAUGGCCAUGGCCAUUGAACUCAUCACCUCCCUAACAGAGACAUCCAGCCCACCAGAGAUGAACACUACAACACCAGCCCCUGCCACAACCAUGGUGUCCACCUCAGCACUGCUUACCACCACAACAACAGCGGCUACCACAGCAGAGAGCAGCACACCAGGGGCCAGCGUGCGGCUGCGGGGCGGCAGGAACGACUGCGAGGGCCGCGUGGAGCUGUACGAUGGCAGCACGUGGGGGACGGUGUGUGACGACCAGUGGGACCUGCGGGAUGCCCAGGUGGUGUGCCAGCAGCUGGGCUGUGGCCAGCCCGUGGACGCCCCACAAAAUGCUCGCUUUGGCAUGGGCUCCGGCCGCAUCUUCCUGGACGACGUGCAGUGCCGCGGGGAUGAGCCCUCCCUGCAGAUGUGCCGGCACAAUGGCUGGGGCAUGCACAACUGCAGGCACAGGGAGGAUGCCAGUGUCAUCUGUGCAGCUCCAGUGGCCACCUCAACACCUCCACCAGCACUUUAUUUUUGUGGUGGCUCAGCCUCAGAUUCCUCUGGGAUGCUCCAGAGUCCCAACUAUCCUGGAAGUUAUCCAAACAAUGCUGACUGCGUGUGGGAAAUACAAGUAGAGAACAAUUUCCGUGUAACACUCACAUUUAGAGAUAUUGAGAUGCAAAGCGGGACAUGUCAGCAUGACUAUGUUGAAGUCUAUGAUGGACCUCUCCACUCUUCCCCUCUUCUUGGGAGAUUCUGUUCUGGUUCCUUUCCCACAUAUGUGUCCUCUUCAAACAUGAUGAGUGUUCGCUUCCACAGUGAUUCCAGAAACUCCUUCAGAGGGUUUCAGGCUCACUACUCCUCCAUUCCAGCUGGUCACAACACUACCAUCCAGUGCCUGCCAGACUACAUGCACGUAGUGGUCAGCAGACACUACCUGCAGUCUCAGGGCUACUCAGCACAGAGGGUCACCCUGACCGACAAUCGCUGCAGACCGACUGUCACGUCACAGGAGGUUGUGUUCAACAUCCCCUACAACAGCUGUGGGACAAUACAGGAGGAGAACAACGAUACAAUCAACUACUCCAACACGAUCAGGGUUGCAUCUUCCGGGUAUGUAAUCAAGAGGAAGAAGAACAUCAAUUUGCACGUCAGCUGCAAAAUGCUGAGGAAGAGCUGGCAGCAGGUGAUGUAUGCUGCUGAGGACACCGUGGACGUGAACGAGUACCAGUUUGGCAGAUAUGACAUGAACAUCACCUUCUACGAUUCCCCAGCGUUCCGGCGGCAAGUGCGCAGCUCUCCCUACUACAUCGACCUCAACCAAAACCUGUACCUCCAAGCUUGUCUUCACAGCUCAGACCCAAACCUGAAGGUGGUUGUGGACACGUGUGUGGCAUCACCUGACCGUCAUGAUUUUAACACGCUGGCCUAUUACUUAGUCAGGAACGGGUGUCCUAGAGAUUCUUCCUAUGCCACCUACUACUCCCCUUCCGGCCACUUUGCUCGGUUCAAAUUUAAUGCCUUUGAGUUCAUGAGCCGGCACCCGUCCGUGUACCUGAAGUGCCAGAUGCUGGUCUGCAGGCUCAGGGACUACUCCUCCCACUGCUACCGGGGCUGCAGCUCCAGGGCCAAGAGAGACACCAGCUCUGCUGAGGAAGAAGUGGAUGUGGUGGUUGGGCCCCUUCAGCUCCGAGAAGGGAUGACCAACGGGCUUCAAGAAAAGCCACAGUUCUGUGGCCUGUCACUGAAAUCUGCUUUUGCCAACUUUGCCAUAAAAAGGAAGGGAUCAACAGCUUGCAAGCUUCUGCUUUCAACCCUCAUUUUUAAAAAGUGGGAUCAGUGCUAUGCCUAUCUCACAGUGAAGGCUGGUGCCUGCAAACACAAGGGUCUCAAGAACCAGGAGCACCUCAACCACGUAGAUGUUCUUGUUCACUCAGUUGAUCAUCUCAGCACCAAUAAUAAAUACUUUGUUUGCAGCACCAUGAGAAAAUCCCUUAGAAAUGACAAUCCAGUGACUGAAUUACACCCUGCACUGGUGCUGGCUGGGAUGGCGAAAACUAAGGAGACACUAAAAUUCACACAGCAGCUUGUGAAUAUCAGGAGUUGUUCUCUCUCAGACUCACGACACAAGAAGUCUAUUUUAAUGAAAUCUCUCCUGGCUGAGGAAGCUUGCCAGUGA